CAAGAAUAAAUAAGAGGGGCGCUCACGCCAAGCCUCAGGACCAUUCUGUCUCGGGACUUCCUCUUCUUUCCUUCCUGCUCCUGUAGCUCCGACUCUCCAACAUGACCGAGUUCACGCCGGAUCAGAUUGAGGACUUCAAGGAGGCCUUCGGUCUCUUCGACAGAAUCGGUGACAGCCAGGUGGCCUACAACCAGGUGGCCGACAUCAUGCGCGCCCUGGGCCAGAACCCCACCAACAAGGAUGUUGUCAAGAUCCUGGGCAACCCGACCGCCGACGACAUGGCCAACAAGAGGCUCAAUUUUGACACCUUCCUGCCCAUGCUGAAGCAGGUGGACGCUCUGCCCAAGGGUACCUAUGACGACUACGUUGAGGGUCUGCGCGUCUUCGACAAGGAGGGCAACGGCACCGUCAUGGGCGCUGAGCUGCGCAUUGUGCUGUCCACCCUGGGAGAAAAGAUGAGUGAGCCCGAGAUUGAUGCCCUCAUGACCGGGCAGGAGGACGAGAACGGCAGCGUGCACUACGAGGCUUUCGUCAAGCACAUCAUGUCCGUUUAAGCGUCCCGCAGCAGGAGAGCGUGUUCAAGGACAUCGGACACCAUUUGGAAGACCAACAAGAAAAAGACAAGGACUUUGUACAAGGGAUGUUGAAGCGAGCCCGACUUGUUUAUUUUGUUUUCCUUUCCGUUUCAACCCUCCUCUAUCGGGACAUCACCUCUCCGUUGUAGAGCCCAUCAAGCGCCCACCACCGGGGCGUGUCUCCACUCGCCACAUGGGGUGAGGAAAAGGGGGAGCAGGGGUGACCACUCAUCAAGUGAGGGCCGAUCCCUCCCUUCCCACCGCCACCUCAUUCAGUCGUGCCACCACUGGCCCAGCAACGCCAAAGGUCCUGGAGAAUGGCAGUGGAACAAUCGCCAACGAUCCCACUAAACUGUAAAUUAUUUUCACUGUUCAUUUCAGAAUAAACUUUUCCAAAGUACAUCCCA